AUGUUAUGUUUAGGAUAUAUUAAUCAGACUUCUUUCUCUUCCACUUCUACUUCUACUUCUGCUUCUGCUUCUGCUUCUGCUUCUACUUCUACUUCUACUUCUGCCUCAACUCUCCCUCUUCGAUUCUUAUUCUCUUCUUUCUUCAGUGGAGUGAGGACUGUGAUCCAUCAAUUUCCCCCAGAUCCUUUUCUCUCGUCCGCUUUCUCCUCCACUAUCACAUCAAAUAUUUGCGUCAAUUGCCUCAAUUAUAACUACCAGUCUCCCCAAUUUAAUCAAUAUUGUAUCUUGACCCCUCCCGAUAUUCCCCUGGAUUUGACUCUCCCCCUAAAAUCUCUUGGAUGUCGAGCUCAGAUCAGCUUCGGUCCCUUGCUGCCAUUCAUCUUCAUUGCUUCUCGUCCCAAUAUUGUUAUCGUUCACAUCACGGCUUCCCUCUCUCCUCUCCCUCCUCUCCCUCCUCCCCCUCCCUCUCCCUCUCCUCGUCUCUCCUCCUCCUCAUCCUCCUUCUCCCCACCAAAAACGGCCCAUUCUACCAUCGACCCCGAUCGCCCUCUCCUAUCACCGCCCCAGGUUGAAAAGCCUGCUGCUUCGCAAUUUCCCCCGCGCGUUACCUUCCAGUCCCCUCUGCCCUUCCCGACCCUUCCACCUGUCAACGCGUUGGAGGCAGAGACAGGGCCAGGGUCAGAGCCGGAAACACAUAUCGGUAUAACCUCCUGGCGGUCCCGAUCUGUCAAAUCCUGGAUCUCCCCCAAGCUCCUGCGACCCCCCGCGGUUCGACUCGCGAAUCCCGUCAACUACGUCCCUCGCAUCACACCUGUCACCACCCUCCAUCAGUUACAAACCUCCGACGAAAAUCUUCCGCUCGAUUCGCACCGGGACGCCUAUCCGCUCUUGACUAUCCCAGAGCAGCGUCGCAGCCGGCUGACACCAUCCCCCGAUAGUCUGGUAGUGGAGCGCAGUCAGCAGGAGUCGGAAAGUGGACGCUCGAGCAUUGCAGUGCCGCCAGGCCAGAGGCACGGUGGCGCUUUUGACCAGGAGCAGCAGCAGCAGCAGUAUCUAGAUAUGGAGACCACGGCGGCGGCUGAUCGACAACAGGGUCCCGGAGUGGACCGUCCCCGUCAUGUUCCGUCACAGCACUCGUUGCGGUCCCAGUCACAAAUCGCUUCCAUCCCCUCGAAUACAGGAGCUCCCGGUGGGCCUGAACAGCACGAUGUCGCAGAGGAAUUGGCCUGGGGUCCUGCUCAUCCCUGCUUCCCCCACAUUAACCCUCAUGUCCCGCCGGGAUCUGACGAAUAUCUGACGACCCGCAUUAUCCGCAUCCGACGGGAUUGGAUGAUCAAGGGGGAUCUUGCCCCGACCUUUUCCAAUCUCUAUCCGGAAAUUCUUGACCCGUUACUCCCGGAGCAGGAAUUUCGCAGGAUCAUCGCCACGGUGAACGAGGAGCUGAUAAGUGCUUUUGAUCCGUUUAGUUUUCGCAAUUGGCUGGAUGGUGCUCUGGCACUGAUCACUGGCUGGAUCUGGGAGGACCUGGGCGCCCCAGGAGUGAAGAGUCACCUCAAGCGGGUAGAGGACUGGGUGGAGAAGUGGAAUCGAGAGGUUGGUGCGAAGGAUGGCGUGCGGGUCUGGAGUCUUCGAAGUACGGCAUACAUGUCGUUAGAUAUUCAGAUCCCGGAUCCCAAAGUCGGCAUCAUUCCCAGCGAAGGGAAUCCGUCACUCCCCGGCACUCGACCGGGUAGCGGAGUAUGACGAGUUUUCUUUUCUUUUCUUUUCCUUCAAGGCAGCUACACUUGACGAAACGAGGAGGUGAUCCAGUCUGAGCCAACCUGUCUUGGUGCAUGAUCUGGGGAGCUCUUGGAUCCCUUGUUUCUUUCUUUCUUUCUUUCUUUUUUUCUUCUUCUUCUUCUUCUUCUUUAUUCUCAACUCUUAUGAGAUUAAUGAUCUUUUCAGCCAUUGAUACCAUUUUGUUUUGGGAGGAGCUUCGUGGAGACUCCAUUGGAGCAUUUGUUUUGUUGAUAGUCUAUUUAUUCCCCUUGUAUAUUUCGAAAGGAUUAUAUUUUUUAGAUCUUACAUAUAUUACUCUACGCAGGAU